ACACUGCUGUAAAUGUAAAUAGACGGAACUAAAAACACCUUAAAUUUUGGGUUUUAAGACUUGUGAGGGAAGGAGUUAUAGGAGAGCCAUUAGCUGGUCAACUAAAUGCGCAUCAAAAUGAAUUGUGAAGUGCAGGAACAGCAAACACUUGAGCCACAGCAGCAGCAACAGCGAGAACAAUCGUCGCUGCCCCUGUCCCCACCGCAGCAGCCACAACAGCAGCAACAGGAAAGUAGCGACGAUGACGACUUGAGCACCACAGAGCGACAAAAUUUGGAGUUUGCCAAGAAGCUGGGAUACAGUGAUCAGUCGAUACACUCGGCACUAACCCGCCUGGGAUCAGAGGCUAAGCAGAAUGAGUUGCUGGCGGAGCUUAUCAAACUGACGGCAGACGCCCCCCGACCUGCCACAAACAGCAAUAGUCUAACGAACAGCCAACAUCAUUCCAUAACCAGUUCCAGUGCCCCCCUAUCCACGGGCGGAGGAUCACUGCGACACAUUGUGAUCGAUGGCAGCAAUGUGGCCCUGUCGCAUGGCAACAACCUAAUCUUCUCCUGCCGCGGCAUACGCAUCUGUGUGGACUGGUUCCGGCAGCGGGGCCACCGCGACAUCACCGCCUUUGUGCCCAAUUGGCGUAAGGAGAUGGCCAACAACAAUAUCAGCGACCAGGAGCUGCUCUAUGAGCUGGAGCAUGAGCGGGUGUUGGUGUUCACGCCUUCGAGGCAUCUCGACGGAAAGCGUGUUUCCUGCUACGACGAUCGGUUCAUACUCAAGCUGGCCGUAGAGACGGACGGCAUUGUGGUGUCCAACGAUAACUAUAGAGACUUAAUCUUAGAGAGCAAUGAGUACCGAAAGGUUGUGCAAGAACGUUUGCUCAUGUAUUCGUUUGUCAAUGAUAUAUUCAUGCCGCCCGAUGAUCCCUUGGGGCGUUCCGGCCCCACGCUGGAUCAGUUUCUGUACUCGCAGACGCAGCAGAAAAUGGCCGAUGCCCAGCAGCUGUGUCCCUACGGAAAGAAGUGCACUUACGGCCAGAAGUGCAAGUUCCGGCAUCAGCAAACGUGUCCAUUGCUGCAACGACUGCCCCUCCAGGCUUCGCAUAGUGCGCCACUGCACACCAACGGAGGGCAGCCACCGACUAGUGGCCAUAUCGGGAACAAUAUCAAGAUUAAUUCGCUGAUCAAUCGAGAGCCUCUGGGCCGCACCAAGUCGAACACAAUUGAGAAAGUGUCACAGCAGCAGCUGUGCCAGGCCUUUACCAGCCAGCUGGAGGUCUCUGAGACGGCCACAGACAAUCAACUGAAUCGCCACAAGAAGCUGCAACGCCAACAACCGCCGCCCGCCUAUCGUCUACUAGUGCCCACCUACAGUGCUCCCCUGCAGCAGCAGCAUCAACAGCAGCAGAGCUCCAACUUCCACCAUCAUCAGUAUCUGACGCGUACUCCGUCCGCUCCAGUGACGGACCAAGGACUAGCCCUACCACUGCCCGCACACAAUUUCUCGCACCUGUCCGCCUCUGAUUCACGCAUCAACGAGGAGCUGCACGCCACGCAGAUGCCGCGCGAAGAGCAGCGUCGCCUGCUGCGCUAUCACCUGAGCAGCCUCUUUCCGCCGCAUCAGGUGCACGCAGUGCUGCAGCUCUAUCCGGAUGAGACCGAUGCCAAGACCAUCUGCGCAGCUAUAAUUAAUUUAUUUCCGCAUAAUUAGGAUAAACUUAAGAUUCUUAAUAUAUUUA